UAUUAUUAUUUUUUAAAUUUUAAACCCCACGAACAAACCAAGAAUUUUAAGACACGCCUUUUGGGGAAAAGAACAUUUCUAAUUGUGUGUGGAUAAAUUGGAAAAAUCUUUCCAGCUUUUAGCAUGAUGUCUUACCUCAAACAGCCCCCCUAUGGCAUGAAUGGGCUGGGGCUGGCGGGACCUGCGAUGGAUCUUCUUCACCCUUCCGUGGGGUAUCCGGCCACCCCUCGGAAGCAGCGGAGGGAGCGUACCACCUUCACCCGAUCGCAACUGGACGUCUUGGAGGCGCUUUUCGCAAAGACCCGCUACCCGGACAUCUUCAUGAGAGAGGAAGUGGCCUUGAAAAUCAACCUGCCGGAGUCCAGAGUCCAGGUCUGGUUCAAAAACCGUCGCGCCAAGUGUCGCCAGCAGCAGCAGAGCGGCAGCGGCGCCAAGAGCCGCCCGGCCAAGAAGAAGUCGUCGCCGGCGCGGGAGAGCUCUGGCUCCGAAAGCAGCGGCCAGUUCACGCCGCCCGCCGUCUCCAGCUCCGCCUCGUCGUCUUCCUCCAGCUCCAACUCCUCGGGCCCGGCGAGCGGGGCAGCGGCCUUGGGCAACCCUGCUGGCAGCGGUACCGCCGGAUCCGGGUCGGCCUCGUCGUCUUCCUCAGCGUCCCUGAGCAGCGCGCCCUCUGCGGUGGCGGCCUCGUCCAUCUGGAGCCCCGCGUCCAUCUCGCCUGGCGCCGUGCCGGAGCCCCUGGCGCCCGGCGGCGCGUCCUGCAUGCAGCGCUCAGUCUCGGGCGCGCCGUCCGCCUCUUACCCGAUGUCCUACGGGCAGGGCGGCGGCUACGGGCAGGGCUACCCAGCGCCUCCCCCGCCUCCCCCUCCCCCCUCCUCGUCCUACUUCGGCGGGGUGGACUGCGGCUCCUACUUGCCCAUGCACGCGCACCCUCACGCGCACCAGCUCAGCCCCAUGGCGCCUUCCUCCAUGGCUGGCGCGACGCACCCGCACCCGCACCACCCGCUCGGCCAGGGCUCCAGUCACCACCAUCACCAUCACCACCACCACCACCACCAGCCGGGCUACGGGGGCACCGGACUGGCCUUCAACUCCUCCGACUGCCUGGACUACAAGGAACCGGCCCCAGCCGCGGCCUCUUCCUGGAAGCUGAACUUCAACUCCCCGGACUGCCUGGACUACAAAGACCAGGCCUCUUGGCGCUUCCAGGUGCUGUGAGGGAGGCCGUUCGCGGGGAGGUUUUAUCCAGCCAAAGGAGGAAGGCAGCGCCAGCCGCGUCUCCGCUCAAGCACCCGCAGCCCCAUCACCCAGCUCCCUCUC